UACUUGUUUUUCAAACCCCUCUGCUUAUCAGUGCUGCUAAAAUGGCAGCAACAGCAGCUAAGGAGAAAGACAAAGACGAAACGAAAGAUGAAAAGAAAGUGAAGGAGAAAGAUGACGGAGUAAUCAAUGCUGUUUACAAAGUUAACCUCCACUGCAAGCAGUGUGCACGUGAUAUUAAGAAGCCUCUUAUGGCUACCCAAGGGGUUCACAAUGUAGAGGCUAAUAUGGAGAAAGGUGAAAUAAAGGUAAAAGGAGUUUUCGACCCAACAAAAAUUCAGAAACGGCUGGAGAAACUUUCUAAGAAAAAGGUCGAGUUAAUAUCACCCAAACCUCAGAUCAAGGAAAGCACAGUAACAGAGAAAAAAGUAGUGAAGGAAACCAAAGAGCCAAUUUCACGGACAAUAGUGGUGAAGGUUCACAUGCAUUGCGACAAAUGUGAGCAAGAUUUGAAGAAGAAGUUAAUAAAGAACAAAGGUAUUCACAAUGUAAAAACUGACAUGAAAGCACAAACUCUAACAGUGGAAGGAACAAUCGAGCCUGAAAAACUAAUCUCGUAUUUGCGAAAAAAGGUGCACAAACAUGCAGAACUUGUGCCCUCGAAACCACAGAAAAAGGAAGAAACAAAAGAGAAGGAGAAGAGUUCCCCAAAACCACCAGAGGAGGAGGAAAAGAAAGAGAAAAAGGAGGAUAAGCAAGAGAAAAAGGAGGAUAAGCAAGAGAAACAAGAGAAAAAGGAGGAUAAGCAAGAGAAAAAGGAAGAAACAACAGAGAAGGAGAAGAGUUCCCCAAAACCACCAGAGAAGGAGGAUAAGCAAGAGAAAAAGGAGGAUAAGAAAGACGGUACUGAGAAAUCUACUGAAUCAGUUUCCAAGGUUAUAGAAGUUAAGGAACACGUAAGUGUGGUGGAGGUUAAAACUAAAGAGGGCAAUACUCCAUAUUUCAUUCACUAUGUUUAUGCUCCACAAACGUUUAGCGAUGAAAAUCCAAAUGCUUGUUUUAUAAUGUAAAUAGGUGAGGGUAGAGUACAUAUAUACCUCACUCCGUAUUUAUUUGGACUAAUUUCUUUCUAUUUGUCUGCUUGUAUGAAGAUAUAUGAUGCUUAUAAUAUAGACUCAAUAUAGACCAUGGAUAUUAGGUAUAUUCUUAAUUCCUUGA